GUGCAAUAAAAAAAAAAAAGUUUUUCCGUGUAUCCAAAAGUUCCACUGCGUGAAGUAAUUUUUACUGAAUUUUAUGAUUAUUGUGAAGCAAUUAUAGCGACAAUGAUGAUGAGCAUAAAGGGUGGAUAUUUAAUUUUCAUUAUUCUGCUAAUUGGAUUAAAUCAUUUGAGAGCGGAUGAGGAUAUAACCGAAGCAAUUAGUGAUACAACUGAUGCAACUACCACACAGCCAUUUGAAUUAGAUUUGAGUGAAAAUACAGAGGAAUCGCUGAGAAGUGAAGAUAGUAAUGAGGAAGACGAAGUAAAAAAUCCAACAAUUCAACGUUUGCCAGCUGAUUCAGAAUCAAUUCGUGACAAUAUUGUUGAUAGUGAAUUUGAUUGUGAAGACACUGAGCCAGGUUACUAUGCGGAUAUGGAGAAUGAUUGUCAGAUUUUCCACAGAUGUGUUCAAGGCCACGAGGGUGUCUACUCAUUCAUAUGUCCAACAGGAACACGCUUUGAUCAACGUGUACUCGUGUGCGUUUGGGAACAUCAGUAUAACUUUGACUGCUCACAAUCGAGAAAAUAUUAUCAUGACUCGAAUCGUGCAUUCCUUGGCAACUUGACAGCAGAAGAGACUUUAAAUGAGAAUAUUAAAAAUUCACAGGAAAUUAAGACUGUGGAGAUUAUUGAGCAUCACACAAGUCGUCCAUUAAAGGAAGAAGUUAAGCUUUAUGAGAUUAUUCCAACAGAAGAGCUCUCAAUAACAAGUGACGAUGAAUCUCCAAUGGUUGAGAUAAACUCAAUAGAAGAAGCUGAAAAGAAUUCGAUUGAUGAAAAGGAAGUCGAAAGUGUAAGUGAGGAAAUGGAAGAGUCAAAUGACUAUCAAGCAGAACUCAUUCCAAGUUCCACAAAUCAUAUUGAUGCAAGCGUUGCAACAUCAGACAUUUCUGACUCAACAUCAUCAUUCGAUGUCGAUUCCGAAGAAACGCCACAGCCACCACACAAGUAUAUUUCACUAUCCGUACUUGAUCCAAUCAUUGAAAUGCCUGGCGAUGAUGAUCAAACGCAAGAAUCUGUAACGACAAUUCGCAAUAUUCGUAAGCGAUCUGGAAGUCAUCGAAGACGGUUCUUAUUCAAAGCAGAUGCACAUUAAGUAGAGUAAAGCAAGAUUUUUUAUUUCUUAGAUUAAUCUUUCUCUUUUGUUUCCAUUAUUUUUAUGGCCUAAACUUAUGCAAGUUUGCUACUGCAAGAGAUGUAGAUCUGGAAACAAAAAAAAUCUAUUAAGUGCUGAAUAAAAUAAUAGAAACGAUGAUGAAUUA